AUGAGCAGCGUGAGUAUGAGACUGCUGGCAUUGAUUGCCGGGUGGUAUGUGUGCUCGAUCUCACUGUCGCUGUACAAUAAGUGGAUGUUCGAUCCCCACCGCGGCCUGAAAAUACCGUACCCGAUCCUGGUGACGUCGCUGCACCAGCUGCUGCUGUGGGCGCUUGCAUAUCUGUACCUCCGAGCGCGACGGCAGCCGCAAUCCGAGCAGGCGAUGGGGUGGCGGGUCUACGCGUAUGCAGUCCUGCCGGCCGCGGUCGCGUGCGCGGGCGACAUCGGGUUCGGGAACCUGUCGCUGCAGUUUGUGUCGUUGUCGGUGUACACGAUCAUCAAGUCGUCCAGCAUUGCAUUUGUGCUGGUAUUUGGCUGCCUGCUGCACCUGGAGCGCUUCCAUCCGAAGCUGGCGGUGGUGGUGGUGGUGAUGUUUUUCGGUGUCGUGCUCAUGGCGUACCGCCCCGACAGCGCGGAGCGCGGCAACAGCGACGAGACACUCGGGUCCCUCUUCGUGGUGCUGAGCAGUGCGAUGAGCGGGGCGCGGUGGGGCUUCACGCAGCUGCUGCUGCGGCAGCCCGCGGGCGCGGCCGCGAAGCGCAACCCGGUGCACACGGUGCUGCAGCUCGCGCCGCCGGUCGCGGUGCUGCUGUUCCCCAUUGCCCUGCUCAUCGAAAAGCCCUUUCCGGCCAUCACCGAGACCAGCCUGCUGUCGUGGGAGGGCCAUUCGACGCUGCAGGCGCUCGCGCGCGGCGCGCUGCUGCUGCUGUUCCCCGGCGUCGCCGUGUUUCUUAUGACCAUUUGCGAGUUCGCCAUCCUCCAGGCUGCGCCCCUGCUGACGCUGAGCAUCGCCGGCGUGGUGAAGGAGCUGCUGACGAUCCUGAUCAGCCUGCUGAUUUUCAAGGACUCGCUUACACUGUACAACUGCAUUGGUAUGACUGUGGUCUUGCUGGACGUCUGCUACUACAACUACUAUCGGUACACACAUCCCAAUGCAGACGCAAAGCCGUACCUGCCACUGGAGAACGACCCGACCGUGGUCUGGGAGCUCAGCCAGAUACCCCCUGGCGACCCAGCGCACCAGCACACUGACGUUCUGCCCUCCGUAGUUAAAUAG